AUAGCAUCGCGUUCCGCAAACAGCUUCGGGGAGUGUUUGCGCUGAUCGGGUCGCGUGUGGAAUAUCAACUAGCAAGUGCCAGGUUAAGCAUCAAUUUAAAAACGGUUUGAACGAACGGGCCUGUUCGGGUGCGGAAUAUUUCCUGCGAAAGUCCUGUCGGAUUUUGUGUCGCAAGCACAUUAAGUGCUGGAUAGCAGCUGGCUGGCGAUAAUCUAGCGAAGCACAUAUGUGAAUUCUAUCCAAUCAAUGUAAGUCCUCUACUGGUUAAGUGAAGUGUGAAAGCAGAGAAAGGAAAGAAGUUUCAAAGUGAAAUAAUCCUAAUUGUAAUACGCAUUGGCUGCACGCUUCAGUGAGCUUUAGUGGUAUUCAAUUGAUACAUGAGAAUCGUUACUGUUUGAAGGAAAUCCAGUGCAUUUAGGCUUAUCAGAAGAUAAAAUUAUAAACAGUGCAUUGACGAGGAAUGUUUUCGAGCCAUUACAGUUUAGUGAGUAGCUGUCAAUUUAAGGUGAAAGGUUUCUACAAAGGCCAACUGACUAGGCCCUAAGUGAUUUUGCAAAUGCAAAUUCAGUGUCAGUGAGCCGGAAAUCGUUUGAAAUUAGUCAGUUAAAUGUGUUACUAUAAACUACAGCCGGUACAAUGAACACGGAUGGAUGGUGCAUAGCAGCAAGUGAGGUGUAAUAAAUUGCGGCUAUUCCACGCUGUUGAAUCACAAUCAAUGCUGGCCAGAAUUUGCAUGUGGAAAGCAUUCUUCUGCUGGUUGGAAGCAAAAUUCAGAGUGCCACCGCAUAGACUAGACCACUGGGAAAUCGCAAAGCUUCCCGCUCUCUAGGCGGGUUGCGUCUGGCACCGUGUGCCGGAAUCGACCGAGCCAUACUUCAGGAAAAAACGAUGGCAGUCAAUUUAUCAUCCAUCCUGAUCGAUUCGUUCUACAAUAAUAGCUACGUGAACUUGGAAAAUUACACAACCGAUGGACUUGCGACACCAUGGAGGUCAGCAUCGUACGUACCGCCCACCGAAAUGUCACCCAUAUCGGGACCAAAGGCAGCUGCUGCUACUGUUGCAUCUUCGCUCAGCUGGGAAAACGUUUCCCAAUUUCACCGGCACCCAGCAUUGCAGUCCUACUUACCGACGCUGGCGACGCUGGCGUCGGACAUUAUUGCAGAAACAAAUAUGAUGACAAACGUUUCUCUUUCGCUGGAGCAAUGCGGUCAGCUGAACGUGACGUUUGGCCCGGAUGGUACUAGCAGCAGCCAUCCGGGACUCAUCUGUCUGCCUCACGCACCAUCCCUGUCCAAGUCUGCCAUCAUUCGUGUGAUUGUACUGUCGGCAAUGGCAUUCGUCUCGCUACUGGGUAACAUUGCCACUAUGUGCAGCAUCCAGCGGGACCGCAAGACUCGAAGACUGGCCCGGCACAACUGGAGUGCCAUCUAUUCGCUCAUAUUUCAUCUCUCGAUUGCAGACCUUCUGGUGACAGGAUUUUGCAUGAUAGGCGAAGCAGCCUGGAGCUACACCGUGGAAUGGAUGGCCGGCAUGGUGGCUUGCAAGCUGUUUAAGUUGCUGCAGAUGUUCAGCCUGUAUCUGUCGACGUACGUACUGGUGCUAGUCGGAGUUGAUCGCUGGGUUGCGGUCAAAUACCCAAUGAAGUCGCUCAACACCGCACGCCGCUGCCAUCGGUAUUUGCUCGGGGCGUACUCGUUGUCGUUCCUACUCAGCAUCCCACAGUGGAUGAUUUUCCGGGUGGCAAAAGGUCCUUUCCUGGAGGACUUUUACCAGUGUGUGACACACGGCUUUUACACCGACCGGUGGCAAGAGCAGCUCUAUACCACGUUCACCUUGGUGUUUAUGUUCAUCAUUCCACUGCUGAUACUGAUCGGCACCUAUUUAUCUACUUUUAGGACUAUAUCAAGUAGUGAAAAAAUCUUUAGGAUAGAAACAACAGUACUGGACCGGUCGUACUACCGCCGCUCGGAUACCAACCGCCAGCGACUGAUACAUAAAGCCAAAAUGAAAUCCCUCCGGAUAUCAGUCGUGAUCGUGGUGGUCUUCAUCGUUUGCUGGACGCCUUACUACAUCAUGAUGCUGAUAUUUAUGUUCCUAAAUCCCACCGAGCGGCUCGGUGAGGACCUGCAAACGGGCAUCUUCUUUUUCGGAAUGUCCAACAGCCUAAUAAACCCGCUCAUCUAUGGCGCUUUCCAUCUUAUUCCAAUUCGGCGGAGACACAAUCAGUACAAUCAACAUGUAAGGGAAGGAUCGGCCUAUUUUCAACGAUCAUCUACCUGCAACAACCAGAAUGGCAACCAGAAUCCGCUGUUGCAGCAGCAGCAGCAGCCGCCGCAGCAGCAGAAGCAACAACUGCUAACAAGAAGUACCACUCUUACCGUAAAUAACAAACUGUCCAACUCCCACUCGAACCUGGCGGAGGAAAUCUCCCUCAUGUCGCUGGAAAAGGAUCUCAAAAGUCUGGACGAAAACGUCAACCAGAUCCAUCUGAAGAGCAGCACGACUGGCAAGCGCAGCCUGGCCCAGAAGUUCUACUCGCUAACGUUGCUGAUACAUCGGACCAGGCCAACCAAGCUGUAGAAAUGAGCCACCGCGGUAUCAUCGUCAGGCGCUGUAGAAAGGUUCGCUUUAAUUGAUUGCUUUUAGCGAAACAAGCGUGCUUCGCCCAGCUAAGGGUUUCAACUCAUAAUAGGUUAAUUCUGUAGGACCCACUAGGCUCAAAACUUUCAGAAUAACGCUUCGCAUCCCGGAGGAUGCCAAAUCACUGGUAGAAAAAAAAAUACAAAUUCUCAUCUGAAAUUCAGAUAAAUAUGUCGAACUAUUUUUAUUACUGUUCCAUUCUGAACGUUUCCUAAGAAACUCUCAGAACGAGAGACGGCAUCACUUAUAUUUUUUACCAAAGUGUUAUGAAUCCUAAUGCGUUACAUUCAUCCGAAGAAACAGCUUAACAAACAAAGUUGUAAACGUGUUUAUAAAUACAAAAUGUAUGCCAAUAUGUACAUAAUCGUACAAAAUAUAUGCAGCGAGAGAAAAAAAAACGUGAUAAACGAGAAAUUAUUUACCACUUAGGCAGCUCUGUAAUUAGUGUUUCGAUCUGAAAUAUAAAUAAAUACAAUUACUUGAUGAGUAGAGAUGAAAUCGUGAGAAUGGCAGCAUUGCAUGCAUGUGUUCACUGAAAUGACGAAUAAUAGAAUCGAGACGCGAGAGCCACUUGUUCAAACAGAAAGUAACUCAGAUGAGAUCGUUUGCUCCAAUGUGUUUAGUAUUUUACAGUGAUAGCGUGUAAGCGAUACCCAGUUGCAAUACAAUGUAAUAAAACAAAUGUCAUUAA